CUAGACGUAAUCUACGCCGCGUGCAAUACAACCGAGCGUUAGCCAAAGUGUAGAAAGUGUAUAUAAAAAUUGUGGUGAAAAAUAAGCGUUGCUACAUUUUUAAUUUGUGCAAGUGCCACUAAUUCGAUUACAAAGUAACUGACACGAUUUUGUGGAGCAACAGCAAUAACGGUUGAAACUUUUAAAUUGCCAUUAAAAAGUGAAUCUCUGGAGAAAAAAUUCCAAUAGCUUCAAAUAGCGCAAAAAAAAGCAAGCAACAACAACAAGCACAGUCAGCAAUUGAAUUGUAGCGAAAAUUCGGCGCCAUUUGGGGAAGCCAACGACGACAGUCCACCAGCAGCAAUAACAGCAACAACAAUAACAGAGCCACAUAACCACCGAACCAACGGCGACACGCACCAGCAACAACAAGCAACCAAGACACAUACACACAUACAGUCUCCUAACACAGAGGGAAUCUCUAUAAAAGUGAAAUUUUUGCCACACGACGCCCAAUAAAACAACCGGAAACACAAUGGUAACAGCACAACUGGCAAUUCGACGCAACAACGCCAACUACAACAACAGCAAGCAGCACAAAAUCAACAAGAAACAGAGUGGAACUCUGUGCAGCAGUAGCAGCAACAGCAAUGGCGGCAGCGCCAGCGCCCAAGUGAAAUGUCGCCGCGGUGGCGUCGGUGUGGCCUCAGCGCCAACGCUCAGUCUCGGCUUGUGGCUGCUGCCCGUGCUGUUGGUGUUGUUGGCGUGGCAGCAGCAGCCAUGCGAGGGACGUUAUCUGCCGACAAGGUCACAUGGCGACGAUUUGGAUAAAUUGCGCGAAUUAAUGUUGCAGAUUUUGGAAUCCAGCAACGAAGAACAACGACCACCCAACGAGGCUAAUGGCAAUACAUUGGCGCAACGUGCCUCCUGGUUAAACAAGUUGAAUGCCAUGGAUGGUGUGGAUACACAACGAAAAUAUGGCACACGUGGCAUCUACGACAAUGGACGUUACUAUUAAAUUACAAACCGCGUUGGAAAAAAGUAGAAAAAUAUGAGAAAAGAAGUUAAGUGAAGGCGUUGACGACCAAAAAAUAUAAUGAAAUUAAACCAAAACCACAUUGAAGACAAACAAGAGUAAGCGCGAAGAUUGUAA